AUGAGGGGGAAUACAAAAGGAGUGUGUGAGGGUCGGAAUGGUCACGUGACUAUGGCAAAUUCAGGCCGCUUUGGGCACUUAAGGCGUCUAUAUAUGCCUCAGGCACAAGUCCUUGCUGAGAGGAAGAUGUUCAACCCCGAGAAGAUCUAUCAAUAUUAUGGCAAGCUUAACCAUAGGACUAACUACUGUCCUAAUGCCACUUUCUGCAUUUACUGCAACAGAGAAGGCCACGGUAUUAUCUGUUGUAGGAGAGUCAAAUGCAGACGGUGUGGAGCCAAAGGCCACCAUCAGAGUAUCUGCAAGGCUCCUCAGGUCUAUAACUCUAAUAUUGGCUGGGCUCCGUCUCCAGCGCCCGGUCCUUCCACUAUAACCCAUUUGUCAAGACUAUCGCAUUCUCAGGGCACGACAUAUCCUGUCCGUUCGUCUGGCCAGUCUCCGAACGUGAACACCUCUGUCGAAUCGCGUAGACAGAAUGCCAAAAGGCGUAAAAUACAACCUUUCUCUGUCGAAUCGCCUAGACUGAAUGCCAAGUGGCGUAAAAUGCAACCCUUCUCUGCGUCACGGAACCUGAACGUUACUGUUUACUCCUCUGAACACAACGAGGCCAAAUGGCUAGCAACUGAACAAGAUGUGCGGGAUCUUGAUAGCGACAAACCUUGGAAUAUGCCUCUAGACUAUACAGGUAUUGUCGGCGAUAAUUGA